AUGGGACAAAAAGAAAGGAGAAGCAAAGUGGAAGCAAAUUUUGUAUCAAAUUACAGAGGUGCAUUAAAUACGAGGAACCGACUUCUCCCCAGCGGAGGCGCAAACUUAGAGUCCCUACCCUUACCAUUAUUAUCGUUGUUGCCGGCCCUGCAACAACAAAUGGAGCAUGCGAUACCUCCUGCACCACAAGAAGCAGCACAGGCAGACUCUCGCAUAUCCCAACCUCCAAUAUUUCCCGGGUCCAGUUCUCUCCUUCUGCACUCUCCACAAAAUGUUGAUAAAGAAAAGCAAUUGCAAAUGAAUCCCUCUCCAGUAAAACAUCAGAGGAAUACAGAGACUACGUCUGAGGAACAGGAUAUCCUGGCGGCACUACCAGUAUUUCCCCCACGAAGCCCGAUCUUGACAAGCACUCCGAAUCCUCUGCUACAUCAGCAAUCCUGCAUGGACUUGUCUUCUUCAUCAACACGUCAAAGUGAAAAAUUAAAUGAACUCCAAACUGCAAACAUGUUGCCGCUCUUUCAAACGCCGAACCCUCUCCUACUUGACACUACCUCAAAGUUACGUCAGCAACUCUUGCAACCGUUGCCGCAGGAACCGAUCCCAUCACCAAAAGCUUGUCAUCAACUUCCAUCAAACCUCCUCUCACUCCCAAAUUACUUUCUUUUACAGCAGCUUGCUGCCGCAACUUCUAUUCCCAAUUCAGGGAACGUCUUCACCCCAUCAGCAGAACAGCAGAAGGAAAGGGAGAUGGACUCCGAAGCACAGAAACAAGGCAGACGUCGGGUUCUCUUUAGCACAUUCCAAAUCAAUGAGAUGGUUAAACGAUUUGAAAAGCAGCGCUAUAUCAGUGCAGAGGAACGCGAAGAAAUCGCGCGUCAAAUUAACUUGACGCCGACCCAGGUCAAGAUAUGGUUCCAGAAUCACCGCUACAAGACGAAGAGGGCUGGUGAGUACAUUCCAGAUGAUGAGACGUCUGUAACACAGCCAAAGAUUCGUGCCAUAGCAAAGGAUCCUCCACCAACUAACUCAACAGAUAUUCGCCGUAGUGAAAGCCUCGGAAAUUGUGAAAGUUCUCAACCGCAACACAAACCUCAACAAUCAGCGUCAACUUCAUUAUCACCGUCGAAACAGGCGUCUUCACAGCAAGACGAAAUGUCAAAGCAAAAGCAGCUACUUAAGGCGCUGGCGGAUUUUCUCCAAAUUCAGCUUGGUGGUAAUAAAGAAGCAAAAAAGGACGAUGAAGGCGAAAACAUUGAAAAAUCAGAAGAAAGCAAAAAGGAGGAGAUGUCAAAGCAAGUUAUCCGAUUUCUAUAUGAAGCUUCUGCAGAAUAA